GAAGGAAAGAAAAAGAAAUAUACAACCCAACAACACCAAUUGCCAACACAACUACUGAUUUAGUUUUUCCAACCAUAGAUAUAGUUUUUUGCCCCAACUAACUAUUAACUAUAGACAUUAGUUUCAAAUUUGGUUCUGUAAAACUAACACACAUAUCAUUUCUUAUCUCCAGCUAAUGACCUCUUCUCUUCUCUAUCAGUGUAACAUCUGAAGGGACUGCAUAGUUUGGGUGUUGGAUUUGCUGAGUUUAUCAAUGGAAGAUGCUGGAGGUUCCAAAUUGCAUGGAAUUAAGCAGAUUGUGAGAUUGAAGGAAAUAUUUCAGAAGUGGCAAACUGUAACUCUGGGCUCAAAAGAUUCCAACAAUCAUUCUGAUGUGACUCGUCAUCAUGGGGGCAUAUCACCAAUGAUUAACAAAAGGCUAACAAAUAUUGUGUAUUGUGACUCUGAUGAGGAUGGUUGCUACAGCCCUCAACCACCACAUGAUGUUCCCAAAGGGUACUUAGCCGUCUAUGUUGGGCCUGAGCUUCGGAGGUUUAUCAUUCCCACAACCUACCUUAGCCACCCUUUGUUCAAGGUUUUGCUGGAAAAAGCUGCAGAGGAAUUUGGGUUUGAUCAGAGUGGUGGACUCACCAUUCCAUGUGAAAUUGAGACCUUUAAAUACCUCUUGAAUUGCAUAGAGAACCAUGAUGACAGCUCCAACUCUUGGUGGAAUUGCAGCUGGAAACACAGGAACUGUGGAAGAAUAACUAAUUGGUCUGAUCUUUAUAGAGGUGCAAUCAUAGUGCUGGUUUCAAGUGUAAGGAAGGUUUCCUUUGCUUCUAUCUUCAUUGUUAUGAUUUCUUGCGUGAACAAUGAUAGAAUACCCCAUUUAGAAAGAUUUCUGAUGCCUUAUUUGCUUGUAGAACAGUUGUUAAACAUCUAUGUACUUUUCAUCCAAUGUUCUCCUAAUACAUGUACUUUGCCAACAUAUUCAAAUAGAAAAUUUUUGACAUUUAAUGUACCAUUUUCCACUAAGGGAUGCGAAAAUGUGUGUUUCAUUUUUGGGUUUGAAGUAAUUGAUUUUCAAUUGUAUGAUUCUCAACCAUCAUUCUCGUGAUUUAGGCUUUGUUCA